AUGAAGCGCUCUCGCCAUAGAUGGCUGGGGUUCGUGCUAUUUUGCGUAACUUUGGCAGCGCUUACGGACUUGCCAACAACAACAGCGGUUCGUGCGACGUCACUCAUCUUCUCCAAGACGACAACAUCAACCAGUACAGCUGGGCCAGAAGAAGAACCUUCAGCUCCUGAUGAUGAAGCACAGGUUGAACCGACUGCGGAAGGGGAAGAAGGGAACGCGACUAGUAAAUAUACGGGGAUUCCCCAAAUAGAUUACAUACAUGAUCCCAAUUUACCACGAGAGCUGAAUGGGUACAAUUUAUCCCAGUAUCCAUUCUACGAAGCAGUUCCUCCUCCAGAAACCAUGGAUUUCAAAUGCGAUGGACUCCACGACGGUUUCUACGCCUCUAUACCCCAUAAGUGUCAGGUCUACCACCACUGCCUCUUCGGUACCAGAUACGACUUCCUCUGCGCGAACUACACGGCCUUCGAUCAAAAAACCUUCAUCUGUCACUUCGUAUCUGAAGUGGAUUGUAAAAAUUCAGCAAAAUAUUUUAGCAGGAACGAAGCUCUAUACAAGGCAGCGUCCACUGACCCUCCGUCUACCACAUCUACCACAACUACCACAACCACCACCACGCCGCGACCACAGCGGCCAGGAAGACGCCGACCACAUCCCAGAUACGAUUAUUAUGAUGAUGAUUAUUACUAUCCCGCUAGAGAUGACUACGAUUACGAAGAGAGGGGUGGAAGAAGGCACAGACCUCGUAGACCAGGCAAGCGCAGACCUCAAGUUGACUACGAUGAUAGAUACGAGACGAGAUCGAGACCAAGAGAUGAAGUUGAUGAGGACUACGAAGAUAGAAGACCAUAUGAAAGACCGAGAGCUGGUAAAAGACCGGAUUACAGAAGACCAUACGACGAUGAAGACAGACGACCAUAUAAAGGUGGUAGAAGGCCAGGAAAACCAAGAGGUGAUGAAGACUCAUAUGGCUACGACGAUGAAGAAAGUGACAGGCCGAGAGAUAGUAAAAGAGGUGAAUUAAGACCCAGGGAUAAAUUUAGACCACGAGACGAAGAAAGAUCUAGGGACGAAAUACGUCCACGCGAUGAGUUGAGUUCUAGAGAUGAAAUGAGAUCAAGAGACGAGGGAAAAUCAAAAGAUGAAGACGGUAAUAGAGAUGAUGAAGACUCUAGAGAUGAAAUAAGACCCAGAGAUGAGAUAAGGCCCCGUGAUGAAAUACGACCCAGAGAUGAGAUAAGGCCCCGUGAUGAAAUACGACCAAGAGAUGAAAUAAGGCCUCGAGAUGAAAUACGACCAAGAGAUGAGAUAAGGCCUCGAGAUGAAAUACGACCAAGAGAUGAGAUAAGGCCUCGUGAUGAAAUACGUCCAAGAGAUGAAAUAAGGCCUAGAGAUAAAAAAAGACCCAGACCACUUAGAGAUGAAGCCCCCGCUGUAGAAAGUAAUCCGAGAGAAAGGGUAAGAGAUGACAGAUACCAAACAUCUGAAGGUAGAAGAUUAUACGACAGACCUUAUAGGCCCAGGGAAGAUAGGCCAAGGAACAAGCCUGACCAAAUUGACGAUGAAGAUAGACCAGUAGAAGUUCGACAGCCUCCUUCAACUACUGAUUCUCAACCGUUGGUAAAACCCAACGGGCAUGGUAUUUUCAGUAAACCAAGAAUGCCCCCCAAAAUUAAAAGACCCGUUCCCAUUAAUGAAAAGGAAAAGUAUGAAUAUGUUACAAUAACAACUACAAAGGCUCCACCAAAACUGGCUGAUGAUGAAUUUUAUGAUGAGUAUGAUGAAGAAGAUAGCCGGCGGCCUCUACCCUCGGCAAAAACAAGCACUAUUCAACAAAAACCGAAACCUGAGCCAGUUGAAAGAGAAAAAUUUAAACCAACCAGAUCUGCAAGUAUAGAGAAAUAUAAAAAACCAAAGGUACCAAUUGAUUAUGAUGAUGAAGAAUAUUAUUAUGAGUCCUCAGCACGACCUCUGAAAUAUUCUAAUAGCCAGCGCGCUAAAGACGAACGCCCAUCGAAAGCUAAAGACCCCGACUACUUCUAUGAUGACAAAGAAAAAACAACAGAAAAUGAAAAAUUUAAAGAUGAAGAAGAAGAUAUAACUUCCAAGAUAAGAGACAUUAAACCUAAUGUAAAAGUUUUCAGGCGGCCUUUUUUACCGUCUAGGGGUGGAAGUCCUUAUCUCCCAAGAGGGCUACAACCAGUAGCUGGUAAAGAUAUGAGACUACCGCACAACACCACCCCGAAACCUACUUCUACCUCUUCUACUACGACUACCACCACUACAACCACCACUACUACUACUACUACACCUAAACCAACAACACCUCCACCAACAACUACAACAACAACAACAACAACAGAAGCUCCAACAACAACAACAGAACGAAUAACAACAACAGUUGCAACACAAAAACCCACAUCAACCGCUGUGCCUGAAGAAGAAUAUGAAUAUUAUGACGAAGAAGACAUAGAAUAUGAAGCAAAAGAUAAAAAGGAUCCGACCACAACCAUUCAUUCAGUAGCUGAAGAAAUUAAAGCAGUUCCUACCACCACGACCACACCAGCCCCCACCACAAUAAAAACAACUACUCAAAGAUACAUAGAAUCACAUAAUGAUAGAGCAAAAAAUCUAGCAAAUAAAGUAUUGAGAAAUUUCAAUGAAAACUACGAAGCCAUUAAAGAAAAACUAGAAUCAACUCUGUCGCCGGGAGAUUAUUUGAAACCGUACAUCCCAUACAGAGAUAUUAAUGUCAAUAAGCCAGCACCGAGGCCUGAGAUAUCAAAUGGUUACACAGCAACAGGAAAACCAUUGAAAAUACCAGACAUCAAACAGAAUUUAGCUGACUCGAUUGAAAAUGAGUAUGACAUUAGGUUAAACGAGGCGAUCUCACCUGUAAGAACUCCUAGUGGCUUCAUUGUGCCAAACGACAGAGAUUAUUCCUUUUCCAGGUACAGAAACAAUCUUCAAUCUGAACCACAAUAUUCCGCAUCAGAAAUAAGAGCCUAUCAAGUUAGGAAGCGACCACAAAUCACUGGAGUCACAAUAAGAACGCCCGCGUCGUAUUUCUUACCGCAAAGAGUGAUUUACGACGACGGUUCAGUUAGACAGACUCGUCAGCUAAUAUAUAGACAAAUAGGAGAUGUAUAUUAA